AUGGGGUCCUCUACAUCAAAACCAGAAACAAAGGUAUUUACACCUUCAACACCCAUAGAUUUUAGCUCCAGUUUCCUUUCGCAAUUGGAACAAUCACCAGAGUCCGACUAUUCUAGGGCACAACAUGCAGAGAAAUACAUUCAGGAUAGAGUCGCUGCCGAGUUAUCCAAAUUGGAGAAGGAAACUAUAAAGCAGUUCAAAGCAACUACAAAUGAGGCCAUAUUGAAAGAUAGCAAAGACAAGAAGAGCGAUAGUAGUUCCCAACUCUCUGUGACUGCUUCUGAUGAGAAAAUUGCUAAAUUGACGCAAUUGUUAAAAGAAAAUGCCGAAUUGGAAAAGGCAAAUAUUACACCUCAGAUCAAGGAAUCUAGAGAUAAUGUUAUCAAGUGCUUAAAGGACAAUCAAGGCAAAAGCUUGAAUUGUUGGGACCAAGUCGAAGCUUUCAACAAAUUAGUGAGGGACUUGUAG